AUUCUAAAAUGCGAAACCGUUUAGAAUUCCUACAGGGGGCGCUAAAACUGUCUUCCAUCAAGAUCCACCAAGGAUGGAGUUUACAGAGGAACCAUAAGGAUAUCGAAGAGAUUCACAGAAGUGUAGCAGGAUGGAUGUACUUGUGAGCCUGAAACACGAUGGGAAGCUCAGUGAUUGCCUGCAUAAAGCCUAUACUUCCAAACAUUUGUGUGAUGUAAAAGUCGUGACUUCGGAUCAGUCCACUUUCUAUACACACCGACUUAUUUUAACAGCGUUCUCAGACUUCUUUCAGAGGAAGAUCAGAGGACGACAAGAUUCGUAUAAUAUGGUCAUUCCAAUAGACGUGGAUUCAGCAGUCUUUAAAAUCCUGAUAGAAUUCAUGUACACCGGUCAGCUGUGUGUUACUAUGGAAGAGAAAAUUUCUCUCUAUCAUGCUUCAGUGAUUUUGGAGAUGGAUACGGCACAAGAUCUCCUACAACAGGCGUAUAUUUCCAGCGAGUGGCCCAGUAUUAUGAAUGCCAAGGUCCUUAAAAAUGUCACUGGUUCUGAUCACAGUGUCAUGAUUGAACCAGAUUCUGAGGUCAAGGACAAAAACAUUCGAUCAGUGUGUCAUGUGACAGAAGGCACCAUUAGCAGUGCCACAAGUAGUGAAAUGUCCAAUUUACAUUCACCAAAAAAGAAAAGAGGCAGAAAGAAAAAGAAAACGGAGGUGAAAAUAGAGGAACCCGAGGAUUUUGUGCAAGUGAAGGUGUCUGAACCGGAGAUUCAAGGUGUCCCAGAAUCAGCAGAUGAUGGAAUGACGACCAGAAACCGUGGGAAAAGGAGACCAGUCAUGGACAGUCCAGGCAAAAAAAGACAGACAAAAAAGAAAGACUCAAAAGAGCAAAAGAAAAAAGAUGCCAAAGGAAAGAAAAAGGAGGGCAUUACGAAAGACAAAUCUAAAAAAGUUGUCAAGAUCUGGGUUCCCAAAGGGUCCACAGCAAGAUGUGACGUCUGUGGGAAAACACUGAACUCUCACAUUGCGCUUAAAAGACAUAUGGUUAUUCAACACAAGGAGAUAUCACUCAAGUUCACCCAAAGUCGUGCUAUUGUAAGCAAUAUUAUUAAGGGGUCAGGAUCCCUGCGUUACUGCACACUUACAGACUACAGUAAAAAGUUCAUGUGUACAAUUUGUGCUUGUAACUUUCAGUUUUACAGCUUGUUUUACAGACACAUUCAAGAGAAUCAUAUGCCGUUCUACGCGGGUGAUAAACAAGGGGAAUUCUACAAAGUAGUCAAACACAUCCAGAAAAUGAAAUCUAUAUAUAAAAAGAAAAAGAAAAACAAAGGUAUAAAAGCAGUUAAGAAAACUAGGCGAGUCCUGUCAAGUAAAGAGUAUGAAAAGUGCUGCUUUUGCCAUUCCGUCCUUUCAAAAGGGAGAAUCUAUGCAAGUCACCUCAUCAAGAAACAUUAUUUGAGUUUUGAGAAAGCCAAGGAAUUGACCGGGUACCCGAGGUAUCGUCUGCAGCAGAAGUGGGAGUGUCCUGAUUGUAAUUUAACAUUUGUUGGAAACAAAGCCCUGAAAAGCCAUUUUGAGGGAGUACACCAACUUGAUGACAUGAAAUACCCGUGUUCCGAGUGUGAUAGUUCCUACUCCUCGCUGGGCACCAUCAAGUCACACUUACGAUGGGUUCACAAGAAGUCUGCCGCUGAAGUUCGGGAGGCCCUGAAGAACUCCGUUGCCUGUGAGGUUGAGGGGUGCGACUACUCCACAGGAAACAUGAUGACCAUGAAGCUGCAUGUUGUGAAGGAACACCCCCAGGUCCAGUUCCGGUGCCCUGAGUGCAACUUCACCUUCCAUGUGAAAAAGACGCUUAAUCGACACAUGAUAGUCAAACAUCUCCGACGUUCUGAGCAUCUGAAAAAACAGUGUGACUCAUGUGGAAGGAGGUUUAGUAAGAACUCCCAGCUCCAUGUUCAUCAGUUCCUCAAACAUGGGGUCUACCAUAACGAGAUGAAGUUAUACCGCUGUGAAUACAAUGGCUGUAACAAAGUGUGCAUGUCCAGCUCUAGUCUGAAGUCUCACAUGAGACGACACUCCACGGACAAAAACUACGAAUGUCAGUACUGCUCGCUCCGACUCAAAACUGAGGUCACCCUAAAGAAGCAUAUUAACAAGAUGCACCUUGGGAUCCGUCCUCACCUGUGUCAGGUGUGUGGACAGAGGUUUGGAGAAGAAUCAGAGUUACAGUCUCACAUCAAGAACCGCCACUCUACCGACAAGGACUACCAGUGUGAACACUGUCCCUACGCUACUGCUAAUAAAGCCACGUUCUACACUCAUUUGUUCAUGGUUCACAAAGUUAAAGCUAAAGAAGACACAAGGAAGGAGUUCUGCUGCCCUCAUUGUGAUUUCACAACCUUGCUUGGACAUAGGUUUAAGACCCACCUGAACGGCCAUAAAAACAUUCGAGAGUACUCUUGUAAUAUGUGUGACAAAAAGUUCAUUUCAAGUUCGACCCUGCGAGCCCACAAGCAAUGGACUCAUUCUGAGAAAAAAUAUGACUGUCCGCACUGCGAUUACCAGACUAAGACGUCUCAGAAACUGAACGAACACAUCCGAAUUCAACAUCAGCUGAAGGGGUUCAAACCGUACAGGUGCCCCUAUUGUACGUUUACGUGUGCUACUGGUGGGAACACACGGAAACACAUAAAACAGAAACAUAAGGACAUGGAGGUGCGAUACAUUAGGGAUGACAGCCUGCUGGAGGCGGCAAGGCUGGCCAGGAAAUCCGGAAACACAAUGUCUCUCAAUUACAUCUCCGUUCAGGAGGAAGUGAUUCCAGAUGCACAGCCCGGAUUCGAGUUACAGGAUUUUCAGUUAGCGACUCAUCAGCAGGACACUGGUCACCAUGGGAACCAGCAAAUCCAGCUGACUGGAACGCCUGCUGUGGUAGAAGUCAGUAACCUUCACACGCUAACAAAUGUUGCUGUCCAUUCUGACCCGAUUAUUGACCCAAGUCAUCAUGUCCACCCAACUAGCCUUGUACAAGUACCUCAGGAAGUCAUGGUCUCAAAUGAAAACAUUGUUGUCCAUAAUCACGGAAACAUCGUUACCCUCGGCAAUGUCCACCAGUUAACGGAGGAUAGUGUGGGCUACUCCGCAGCUAUAGUGAAUGCCAUUAAUCAAUCUAUGCAACACUUGUAACAACACCACACUUUGAGCAAUACAAACAUAAGUAUUUAUUAUUGUACCUGUGUGUGAUCAAUAUCGAAGACAUUAGUAACAGUACCAUUAGUGGUUACAGUAUUUGUUAAUGUACAGUAAAACUCAUUUAUAUGGAACUCUGUUAUUAAGAAAUCGUGUUUAUAAUGAAAUAUUUGAAAAUCCCCCACAACAUCCAAAAACUUGGAGAUCAGAAAAUUUGUUAUGCAAAUUUUUCAAAUAUACGGAGGUGAUAUUUAAUCUCCAGUAUAAAUUUCACAGUUUUCUAUGAAAUGUCAGUUAUUGAGACUUCACUGAAUUUUAUUAUAUAGGUAACGUACAGUUUUUUGCCCAGUUCCGGAUCAUUGCCAGUUCCGAAUCACUUUGAAAUUUUUAAAAAAUACCUAAUUAAUGAAAUUAUUUUUACUUAGAAAGGUAAAUCAUGUUGAAAAUGAUUACUGAGGGAUACAAAACUAUUGUAAUUUUUAUCCAACCCAGGUUUAUUAUUUGUCACACUUCUUUAAUACAUUAGGACUUCGACAUCUUGGUCACUUACACACGUUUGGAAAAAAAUUGCGCUGGAGGGAAAAGUUGUCUGUAGCUAAAGAAUAACCAAGUCUUCUUCACAAAAAAUGAAUGCAUUUAAUUGAUCUUUCAGCAAAUGCAUCAAUAACUAUUUCUUCAGUGAAUGCAUUAUUGUAGUUGAGAUGCCUUACCAAAGAGACAACAUCUGUUUGUCCAAUUCCGGAUCAGUUGUGUCAACUACUGUCAUACGCGACUUGUUGAACUAAACUUUGAGGACUAUCACAGUUUAUAUUAAAUGCACUGUUAUAGAAGUAGUGUCAGAUAUAAUAAGCACACAUUUUUAUUUUUUUUUUAAACACAAUAAACUAUUUUUUUCCUGAUUACCAAAAUGGAUCCCCCCCCCCCCCCCCCCCCCGGAAACACAUUUUAAACUGAGAAAAUCGGGACAGUCUUGAAAAUGAAAAUUAAAAAGAAUAUUUUAAGCAUAUUAAUAUACAUGAAUGACUGUUAUUUUUUCUUCCCAACCCCGCCUACUUCACAAGUGAGCUUUUCUGAUCACCCGUAUUCCGGAGUCCGUCCGUCUGUAAACUUUUAACAUUUUUGACUUCUUCUCAAAAACCACUGGGCCAAUUUCAACCAAAGUUGGCUCAAAGCAUCCUUAGGUAAAGGGAAUUCUAAAUUGUUAAAAUAAAGGGCCAGGCCACCAUCCAAAGGGAGAUAAUCAAGAAAAGGUAAAAAUAGAGUAGGGUCAUUAAAAAAUCUUCUUCUCAAGAACCACUAGACCAGAAAAGAUGAAAUUUAUAGAUAAGCUUUAUUAGGUAGUGCAGAUUCUAAAUUGUUAAAAUCCUGGCCCCCGGGGGUCGGAUGGGGCCACAAUAGGGGAUCAAAGUUUUACAUACAAAUAUAUAGGAAAAAUCUUUAAAAAUCUUCUUCUCAAGAACCACUGAGCCAGAAAAGCUGAUAUUUACAUGAAAGCUUUCUGACAUAGUGCAGAUUCAAGUUUGUUAAAAUCCUUAGGGGAUCAAAGUUUUACAUACAAAUAUAUAGGAAAAAUCUAUAAAAAUCUUCUUCUCAAGAACCACUGAGCCAGAAAAGCUGAUAUUUACAUGAAAGCUUCUGACAUAGUGCAGAUUCAAGUUUGUUCAAAUCAUGGCCCCUGGGGUAGGAUGGGGCCACAAGGGGGGAUCAAAGUUUUACAUAUAAAUAUAUAGGAAAAAUCUUUAAAAAUCUUCUUCUCAAGAACCAUUGGGCCAAAGAAUUUCACAUUUACAUGAAAGCUUUCUGACAUAGUGUAGAUUCAAGUUUGCAAAAACCAGGGUAGGUUGGGGGCAUAAUAGGACUUACGGUUUUACAUGCAAAUAUAUAUGAAAAGUCUUCUGAUAUGGACCAAUGUGACUCAGGUGAGUGAUGUGGCCCAUGGGCCUCUUGUUUUAUAAACACAAUAAACUAUUUUUUUUCCCUGAUUACCAAAAUGGAUACCCCCCCCCCCCCCCCCGUAAAACACAUUUUAAAAUGAGAAAAUCGGGACAGUAGAUAUACUAUGUAUUGCAUCUAGAUUUACAUCUUGAAAUUGAAAAUUAAAAAGAAUAGGCCUACUGUAGUCAAUUCAAUUUUAAGCAUAUUAAUACAAUGAAUGACUGUUAUUUUUUCUUCCCAACCCCGCCUACUCCACAAGAAAAUGCCGAAGGAUUGUUAUCUCGGGUAGAUAUACCGUUAGAUCAUAACCACAAUCAGAGAAAGAUAAUUAUUAAUGUUGAUUGAGAGAAUUUUGAAUGCCGCAGUUUUGGCUAUGCCAAUGCCUAAAUGUGAAGCUUUGAAUAUUCAAUAAUGUAAAGAUUAAUUUAAACUAGUGUUUGAUUUGAUUUGAUUUCUACAAAAAUUAGGUAUAUAUUAAGCGAAAUAAACGUACACACAUACUGAUUAAAGUUUCUGACUGAUUGAAAGUAGGAUCGGGUCAGUAAAGGUCAAAUCGGCCUGCAUUCGUUUCAAACAUCCCCGUGAUUCGGAACUGACCCAUGAACACGGUUAUGGAAAAUGCAAAGGCCGGUGAUAUUUACCACGAUUUUCAAAUAAUUUUUUUUUUUCAUUUAGUAACUUCUGAUCUUCUCACAAGACGAUUAAAGCCUACAGUAUCUUCGUGGAUUAUACCGUUGUUAAUGAAAUGUGAUCCGGAAUUAGGCAAACGACUGUAUAAACAAAUGAAUUUUUUCCCCAAAUAUUAAUUAAACUCUCUUUGGUAUAGAGUAUACAUAAUCAGUUGACAUUUCAACUUAAUUGGCACACUAUGACCUACUUUAGGACUAAAGUAGAUCAAAUGGUUUCCUGGACUUUCAUCAUCAUAAUUAGAUAUUGCUCCGACAUUUUGUUUCAACUUCACUCUCGGAGAAAUACAUAAUCAGUUCACAUGUCAGAUGGAUUGGUGCACCAUGACCCACUUUAAGGCCUUCUAUUCAGAUGUGUGUUGUAUCAAUUCAGUGUGCACAAUAUACUUCCAGGUGAACUUCACUGUCUGACAGGCGCAGAUUGUACCGUUUGCGGUACUCUUGUUUUUGUUGGAUAGAACUGAUAUUUAAUACUCAUUCAUUUUAAAUUUGAUUUUUAGAUUAAGAAUUUAAAUUCUUUGUAAUGUACACUGUAUAGAAAGGAUAUGCCAUUUUUCCCAUAAUUAUUUGAAAAUAUUUUACAAAUUUCCAUCCCUAUGAUCUUCCAAAGUUUUACACAGGUAUCUACAUGCAACAUUUAUGGCAUUGCUUAAAAUUAGGGACAAUCAGAUGUUUGUUGAAACUGGAAAUCAGCAAUUAUAAUUAUAUGCCAUUUUAUUGCAUAAAAUGAACCUAAUUAAUUUGCAUGUACUUUGUACGUUUACAUAUUAAUAACUUGUUACCAAUUCCAAUAUUGUACUGAUGUUACAUGUAUAUUAAAUUGUCCAUGCAUUGCCACAUCACAUUUUACCAAUAAAUGUUUGUUAUUUAA